GGAGGGAGGCUCGUGACGUCAGAGGUCAGCUGACCGGUUUGUUUUGCUCGCUCGAGCUGGUCCUGAUAAAAACACAGCCAGAGGAACCGACGACAUCAAACCAGCUGUAAACUAGGGCUCCUCGCUUGAACAACCGCUACCUCCGUUUUCUCUACUGCCAACGGGUUGACUUUGACGCAGUAUGCCUUCAGAAAAAACCUUCAAACAAAGAAGGACGUUUGAACAGAGGGUAGAAGAUGUCAGACUGAUUCGAGAGCAGCAUCCCAACAAGAUUCCAGUGAUCAUUGAGAGGUAUAAAGGAGAAAAACAGCUCCCCAUCCUGGACAAAACCAAGUUCCUGGUGCCAGAUCAUGUCAACAUGAGUGAGCUCAUCAAGAUUAUCAGGAGGCGCCUUCAGCUGAACUCCAACCAGGCUUUCUUCCUGCUGGUAAACGGACACAGCAUGGUGUCUGUGUCGGCUGCCAUCUCUGAGGUGUAUGAGCGCGAGCAGGACCAAGAUGGCUUCCUCUACAUGGUGUACGCCUCCCAGGAGACCUUUGGCUCCGGCACGGCCGUCCACUGAACCUCCGUCCUCUUUCUUCCGCCUGGCCAGAGAUCGGACACGUGUAGUUUAACAUAUCCCUUCUUCCUCCACUUCCAUGUUUCCUGUCACACACCUUUUGUCUUGACUGUAAGAUUUAAAAGGGCAAUCUGCUAAAUCUAUCUUGGUUGUGAUCUCUACAUUUUGACAGCAGUGAGCCAGUUAGCAGUGCGUGCACCACCACACGCCCAGUAGCAUAAAGCCACAUAGGUGGAGCAGACCAGCAGAGUUUGUUGCUGUUAAUUAUGACUCAGGCCAACAGAGUCUUUGUCUGCUUCUACAUUGUCCUCUGGUGAAUCAUGUCUGUUGUCAUGGCAACAUACAGCAGUUAUUUUCAGUGUUGUGCUCAUGUCUCCUAGGCUGUGUGUUACGUUAAUAUGUUUCAUGUUGUGAUGUUACAUGUAGUGCUGAUGCUCCUCCACCGUGUCUACGUCAGCCAGUGAACAAAGCCCGUCUUAGUUUUAGGGUUUUGGGGCUAAAGCGAUAGACAAGUUUAUCUGUUGUGACUAAUAGAGGUUUUAAUUGCAGCCUGAACCUCGUGAUAGGGAUCUAUAGAUUUGACCUCCUUUUGCCGGAUACAAAUGCUGAACUGAAGAGAGAAGGUGUUUGUUUCAUUCCCUCUGUGGUCCUUUCUCUGUGCUUUCAUCCCUCCCCGCCUCGUAGCCUAAAGCAUCUUCUUCACUGUAACAUAACAGAUGUUGGGAAACUGCUUUUGUUCUUGAAACAAAUGAUUGUAGUUUGCAAAAGAAAUAUUGCCUUGGUGUACAGAUCAAAUCGGCUUCAUGACUUUGGAUAUAAAAGGGGUUCCGCUGAGAGUGUGACCAAGUUGCAUUUGGACACUACAAGGAGCAUGGUCCGAGUGUUUGUGUGAAUGGAGGAUGAUGGUGUUUCUGUAAAUGUUGAUGAGGAGGGGGGGUGGGGGGUGUUCUUUCUUGUCCUUUGUGUUUUUCCUUCGUGAUCAAUAGGAUUAUGUGUGCUCCUUAAACCUACAGGGUCAUUUCUCACAGCUGUGGGAACCUCCACCUGCCCAGUGGGUGGUUAAAGGCUGCACAGGAAAUAAAUGUGUAGAUGGUCCUCCGCCCAUUUUGUGCUGUCGCCCUCCUGUUCCUCAUUCUCCUCAUCUUCCUAACAGAUUUGAAGUUAUCUGCAUCAUUUAGUAUUUUAUCGUUUUUGUUACUUCUAAUGUAAUUUUGAAUUUUGCUGCUGGACGUGGUUUGCACUUUGCACUGCGUGUGAAGGGUGCGACUAACGAACGCCACCGUGUGUUUGUUACAGAGGUGUGGAGCAUUUCAGUGCCGUCUUCUCUGCCUGCUCCUCUGUUCCACGCACAAACACACAGCAAUAUCACACAGCCUCCUCUCGUAUUUAUGUUCAUAUUUUGUAAACAAUAAAAAUCAGAAAAAACA